AAUGGUUGGACGUCGGCGUCGGCGGUAGCCUUUGCUCUUGCAUUCCAUAUUUGAAUCAUAUUAAGUUAAAUUAAGUUUUAUAAACUAAUUAGGUAUCGGUGAAGUUAAAGAGGAUUGCAGUGAAUAUAAGUGUGGUUGGAUCAAUCUUUUAAUAAAAUUAAAAAAUGGCGAAACGUGAUUUACGAAGUAUAAAACAAGAUGAGACUUGGGAAAAAAUGCUGGCAUUUAAAUCAGUUGAAAACAUAGAAAUGAAAAUUAUUUUUGAAGACGACGGAAGUAACUUUGAAACAGAAACGACAGAAAGACAAAAAGUAACAAAACAUGAAUUAACAAAAAAGUCUAAUAAAAAUAAGUUAAAUAAAAACGGAGAAAGAGGUUUCAAACACCCUAGGUCAAAUAAAAGAAAGAAAAAAAAACACCAUGAGACAUUUCAUGACAAAGAUAAUACUUUUGGUUGUGAUGAAAUCGUCUCAAUUCAUUGGAACAAUCUUGAAGAGCUUUCAUCAGCCAGCGAUGCAGAUGAAAAAACCAAAGAAAAAAAUAUUAAUCUACCUAUACAUGAUUCUAAUGUAGAAGCUAAAAAGGACAAUGAGGUAUUACCUAAAAAUAACUUACCUAGAUCCCUUCCUGUCAUAGAUGAUAUUCAUAUGCAAAACGAAGUUACGCAAAUUGAAGUCACGCAAAAUAAUGAACCUCUGAAAGAACUUCAAGAGUUUGUCGGUGACGUUGUAACAAGGCACAUGUAUGCAACUAAUAUUCAAUCAAAUGACGAAACUAAUCAGCUAACAACUGUGACGUCAGUGAAUCCAUCUGAAACUUCAGAUCCAAUUGUUAGAACUUUCCCUAGAGUAAAAUACACAUCUCGCAGGGAUGUAAAGAAAUAUCCUGGGAAGAUGCAUGCUAUGAAAAAUUAUAUGUCGCAAAAGUCUGUUCCAUCUGAGAGUAUUACUGAACAAAGUAUAAAUAAUCAGAAUAGUAAAAUUGUAGAAGCAGAUACUUUGAAUACCAUGAAUGAACCAAAAUUACCUCCAAAUAGAGUGGAUCAUCGAUACGAAAACUCUCAGUCAUAUUUUCUGAAAUGCACUGAAAUCAUAUCUGAGAAAUUAUUAAAAUUAUUCCCAUAUUUAAAUGAAUUUCUCAUUGCGAGGGACUCACUGCCAUUACGUAAGCAUGUCCUUCUCGAGAAAAAAAAUGCUCUAACGGAAAUGAAAAACCGCACAUUUUGGGAUGUUUCUUAUACAUUGAUUCCCAUUUACAGUGCCUUUGAAAGUGAAUCAUUCACAAAAAACUUUUUUGAUAAGACUUUAAAAUUGGCUGCACAUCAAGCAAUGGUCACAAAUGUGCACGGUUUUCAGGCCGAUAAUUUCAGUUUAUUAUUUGGAGAAAUGUUAAAAUAUAUCGAAAAGAGGAUAGAGAAAGAGCAGCAAAAUGUUACUUUCGCUAAAUCUGUAACUCCUACAAACAUAAACCAAGUUACUCAAGAAAGCUCAUUACCGUGGCAGAAGUUGCAUGGUCACCUGGGAAAUGUGUCUGCAUCUGAAAACAGCCACUUCCAGUUUUCGGUGGGGCCACCAGGAAGGGAGAUAAAGAUUUCUUUUGGAAACAAUGAAGAUAGUGCACAAGGUCAAACGUGUCUCUUACCUGGAAACCAUAACGUACGACUACCUGCACAGUCGGCACAUCCCGUGCUUACAUCCGUAUUGAAUGAGCCGAGCCGACUACCGACUGUAUUAAGAACUGCACCGCCGAUGCAUAGCUACCACCGGCAGGUGCCUCCACCACCUCCGUAUCAACAGACGUACACCCACACCUCUGUCCAGCCCCCGUCACACUGGUACAACACUGACCCCCCGCCUCCGCCGCCGCCACCGCCGUCGCUGCUGCAGCCGCCGCCCUAUCGGCAAGAAGUCCAGAACUAUCAGAACAGAGACGCUGUCCCUAGUAUAAUGAUGCCAGCUCAAGAAAGAUCAUCAGUAUCCAGAGACAGUGGAUUUUUUAGUCCGUUGUGUGAAGAGUUACUUAGCAACUUUGAGCAAAUGGAGUCACCAGGCCCGGUGUCUGCUGGUGAGGACGCCAGCUCGCUGAACACGCUGCAAAUAACGCAUGUGACGUCAAUGAACCCUAAAGCUACGUUCACACCGUACAGCCAGUGUAGGAUCUGCGGGACCAUCACCAAUCUUCGCUGUUUGGGAUGCAACAGGGAUUACUACUGCAGCAAUAUGUGUCAGAAUGCUGACUGGAACGACCAUAAAAAGGCUUGCCAUCAAAGUACAUUGUCAAUAUAGUUUAUUAAAAAUAUCAUUAUGACAACGUUACGUGGUUAUAGAUUUAAAUAUUUAGUUAUUUGUUAAGACACAAACGGUACUGAUAGAGUUAAUCUUUUUGUUAUAAAUAUACCUAUAAUUAUUUUGUAUUUU